CACCAGGGAACCCCUCAUUAUAAAGCCGCAUCCCCAGUGUGGUGGGGGCACUGUGGCAUCAUGUCAGCUGAGGGCACAUUUGUGUGCUUAACACGUUGGUGCUGCUGGGAGUAUAUGUACAUUAUACUGGGAUGUAGUUAAUGUUUAAUAACAUUGCCAGCGUGUCAAAUUGACAAAUGUAUGUGGUAGGAGCCCCUACUCCGGGUUCCCCUAUAAACCUUAAUCCUGCCCAUCCCCCGGGCUACCACUGGCCUGUUCCCCAGCUGACUGCUGCACUGUGUGCUGCCUCCUUACUGAUGAUGAAAAUAAUAGUAGUAAUGAUAGCAGUCUUUCCUGGGCAGUGCCGCAGCACAAAGGACCCCAGCAUUACACAUUAUACAUUUCACAAUGUCCCGUGACACAAAGGGCGAGUCCCAGCAAUCCCAAGGCACAUCCAGCUCCUCAUCCAGUGCUCCUCAGUCGUACAGCCAGUCUUCCUCCUCGGGUACCCUGAGCUCAUUGGAUACAGUACCACUGCAGGACCUUGCAUCCAUUCCGGAAGAUGUGGAAAUGGAAGACCAGAGUCCUCAGCCAUGGGGCCGUCUAUGGGCACUUGGAAAGGGGUUCCUGAACCAUGACUGUGUGAAUGAAGAAUAUGUAUUUGGAAGGGAUAAGCAUUGUGACUACACUUUUGAUAAGCCAAUAAUAAACCAAACAGAGAGAUAUAAAACAUACAGCAAAAAACACUUUCGCAUUUUUAGGGAGGCUGGACCAGGAUUGUCUGCUGUUGCUUACAUUGAGGAUUUAAGCGGAAAUGGAACAUUUUUAAACAAACAGAUAAUUGGCCGUGGGAAGAAAUUGCCUUUAACAAAUAAUGCUGAAAUCGCACUGUCAUUACCAACGAAUAAAGUUUUUGUAUUUACAGAUUUAUUGGUAGAUGAUCAGUCAGUUUAUCCAGUGGAAUUUAGAGACAAAUAUAUUAUGUCAAAAACAAUUGGAAGCGGGGCUUGUGGAGAAGUCAAACUGGCUUUUGAAAAGUCAACAUGCAAGAAAGUAGCCGUGAAAGUUAUAAGUAAACGUGCAUUCCGUAUGAGUACUGCAAGCCUUCAGGAUCAACCCAUAUCUGUUGACACAGAAAUCGAGAUUCUGAAAAAAUUGAACCAUCCCUGCAUCAUUGAGAUUGAAAACUUCUUUUACUCUGAUGACUACUUUUACAUCGUACUGGAACUGAUGGAAGGAGGUGAAUUAUUUGACAGAGUAGUGACAUCCAGGCUUAAAGAAUCAACGGCAAAACUGUUCUUUUAUCAGAUUUUGCUAGCUGUCGAGUACCUCCAUGAAAAUGGAGUCAUACAUCGAGAUCUGAAGCUAGAAAAUGUUCUGCUGUCAUCAGCUAAUGAAGAAUGUUGUGUGAAGAUCACGGAUUUUGGCCAGUCUAAAAUUCUCGGAGAAACCUCUUUAAUGAGGACAUUGUGUGGGACCCCUACUUACCUGGCUCCUGAGGUCUUGACCACAGCUGGCACUGCUGGUUACAGUAGUGCAGUGGAUUACUGGAGUUUAGGAGUCAUCCUGUUUGUAUGCCUUGGUGGAUACCCCCCAUUUUCAGAACAGAACUGUAAGAUGCCUCUGAAAGAUCAGAUAACAGGAGGACAUUAUACAUUUAUUCCAGCUGCUUGGAAGGAUGUAUCACAGCCAGCUCUAGAUCUUGUUAAGAAACUGUUGGUGGUUGAUCCAGAAAAGAGGCUUACAAUAAAGGAAGCACUGGUGCAUCCUUGGCUUCAGGAUUCUGAAAUGAAAAGUAUAGCUAAAAAGUUAAUGUAUGAUGCUGUGCACCCUAUGCCUCCACCCUCACAGCAUAUCGUUAAUCGUAAACGUGUACAUGACUCCCACCCAGAAGCCAGUACUUCUACGUGUUCAGAGGCAACAACAACACCGCAUGGGAAGAGAGUAAAGCAUGACAAGAUUGUGUAGCAGCCUGUGACAUGUUUAUGUCAUAUUUGUAAUCUUUGUACAAUAAACAGUUUCUACUUUUUAUAUAUUCUGUGGUCUACAGUGCAGCUAGCUAUACGCUACUUGCCGGCAUUACACUGGAAAUAGAGGCUAUUGGGGUAUGAUCAAUUAAUGUCGGAUCCUUUCCGACGGAAAGGAUCUGACAUCUCCGUAUUCAAUGAGCGGCCAAAUCAGACAGGAUUUGGCAGUUCCCGACAAUGCCAAUCCGACUUUUUUAAAAUCGGAUUGACAUUGUCGGAAAUGGAACUAAAACCUGUCGGAUUUGGCCGCGGAAUCCGACAAAACACGUGGAUCCGCGGCUAAUCCGCCGAUCCACGUGUUUUCCGAAAAAUCGGAAUUGCUGACUUGUCGGAAAAAAAUCGGGGAUUGAAUAGGUCGAAACAGUUUCCGACUAAAAAAGUCGAAAAACUGACGUCUUUUCGACAAGACGGCAGUUUCCGACUACAAUUGAAUACACCCAAAUGUCCGAAAGUUUAAUGUUUGUUAAUAAUGGAAAUACAUUUUGAAAAUAAGGCAAGUGUUUAAUGGUUCGGGAUAAACUUUUAUUUAUUAUGUGAAGUGAAGAAACUGUUAUGGUCGUACAGCUGCAAUGCUCAGCUCUGAUGUGAAAGAAAUCGUAUUACACAUCAUGCUUACUGGUUAUCCAUGAAGCCAUGCUGCAUGCUUGUAUAGUUAUCAGAUACUGGGCUUUGCAGAGUGUAGCUGUUUGGCCACAUGUCUGGGUAUGUGAUCCUGUUAAGCUAAGUAAUGUGAAUGGUGUCGUUGUUUAGACAAAAGUGUUGGGAUGGAGAUAGCUGGAGGUGCAUUAUGCUGGCUGGUCUCGGUUUUAUUUUAAAGGAGCACUCACUUAAAAAGGCAUGGUUUUGCUUUGUAAGUGAUUGCCCCUUUUAAAAAACAUCUGAGAUUAGCCGGCUUCCCGCAUCUCCAGCGAUCCCGGACUCCAUUACAUCCCACCGAACAAGUCUGAAUAUUGUUUUGAAAAAAUUAUCCGAAUAACUCCUAGCAGCCGAGGGGACGUCAGAUUACAUUUACUGGAGUGUUAGAAAUCCCAAUGGCAUAAAUGAAUAGUAUUUAUAUUGUUUACUGCUUCACAAAUGACAGUCACAUCUACGUAUGCUUACAUAGUAUGAAUAUCAUCCAAACAUUACCACUAGAGUUUAUUAUAGUAAAAUGUCCAGAAGGUAUUUAUUUGUACUUGUCUUAUCAAAUACACAUGGAAUAUUACUUUUCCAAUUGUAAGUUUUAUAUGGAUGUAAGAAGUUGCUGAGAAGUUAUGUGACCACAUAAAAGCACUGGUUUAUACUCCAUAGAAAGGCCAAGGUGGCUUCUACUAUCCUUAGUAAUAUACAUUUAAGGCUGCAUUACUCCGCUGUAUACAUACGUUUUUCUAAUUAACUUUAAAGUAAUGACAUCAGAGCUAGUUGUUUUUAUGGCUAUUAUUUACAGCAGUUUAUGUGUAGUAAUAUCAUGUUUGUAUUCUAAAAGAGAUAUGGAAGACGAAACAUUACUCUCUAUCGUCCUUGUAUGAUAUGCCUUGGUGGAAAUUUACCAAUAAACUCCUUUCAAUAUGCA